AAAAACGGAGCAGUACUUGCCGAAAUUAUUCAGUUGCCAACUUUAGCACCAUCAACAUGUACGCCAAGCUGAUCGUUGCUCUGUGCGCCGUGGGCCUCGCCCGUGCUGGUGGUCUGUACGAAGCCGCUCCCCUGGCCUACAGCAGCCACGCCAUCGCCGCCCCCGCCGUGGUGACCAAGACCAUUUCCCCUGCCGUGUCCUCCUACUCUUCCUACUCCACCCACACCGCCCAUGGAUCCCCCGUCGCCACCUACGCCGCUGCUCCCGUAGCCGCGUACGCCGCUGCCCCCGUUGUGGCUAAGACCUACGCCGCCCCCGCUGUGGCCACUUACGCCGCUGCCCCCGCUGUGGUGACCAAGACCAUCUCUCCCGCCGUGUCUUCCUAUUCUUCCUACUCCACCCACACCGCUCACGGCUCUCCCGUCGCGACCUACGCCGCUGCUCCCGUAGCCACCUACGCCGCUGCCCCCGUUGUGGCUAAGGCCUACGCCGCUCCCGCUGUGGCCACCUACGCCGCCGCCCCCGCCGUCGUGACCAAGACCAUCUCUCCCGCUGUGUCUUCCGUGUCCUCUUACUCUUCCACCACCUCCCACGGCUCUCCCGUCGCCACCUACGCCGCUGCCCCCGUCGUGGCUAAGGCCUACGCCGCUCCCGCGUACGCCGCGUACUCCGCCCCCGCUGUGGCUUCGUACUCCGCCCCCGCUGUGGCCGCGUACUCCGCCCCUGUCUACGCCAAGACCAUCGCCGCCCCCGUCGCCGCCUACGCCGCUGCCCCCGUGGCCACCUACGCCGCUGCCGCCCCCGUCCUGAAAUCAGCUGUCGCGUACUCCGCUGCCCCCGCUGUCUCUCACAUCUCCUACAGCGGACACGGUGCCAACUACGGUUGGUAAACUGAAUCAAAACCACUAGGUACCUGUAAAUAGAUAAUUAAACGACUUGCCAUACCCUA